CCCACUGAAGAUGAGGCAUUCAGGAGAAUGGCUUCUCUCACAGUGCUGCUGCUGCAUCUGCUGCUCAUGCUCUCAUCUGCCUCUGCAUGGUACUACUCGUACUAUGGCGGAUCACUGACCUUCACCCCAAAAGCACAGUAUUCAGAUGGGACUUAUAAGGUGGAACUUCACAACAAGCAAACUACAAUUUACUGCAAUUUGAAUUACUACUCAUGCUCUUCUGGUGACUGUGGGACCCAGACCGAAACCACCAGCACAGCUUUUUACAGUAAUUCCUUGGGUUUCUACUGGUGCCAAUAUGACGCGGUGAACAAAAUAAACCUCAACAGCAACCUCCCCUUUGAGAUUAGAUACCCCACUAAUGUCAUACCUUACAUCGGUCUGGGCGUCUGGGCAUCAAACUUCAGGAACUCAAUGGGUAACUGGAUAAUGACAGCACAUGUGGACCUGGGAACCAGAUCUGAUACUGGUGAAUCCAACAGAUCCCCCAUCAUUGAUAUGCUGCCUGUUCUCAGAGUAACGAGGAACUGCCCACGAUCAUUCAACAUGGCAGUCUUUGAUCCGGAUGGUGACAAAGUCAGAUGCAGGGUACCAACAAACUCAAAUACAAAUGAGUGUGGGCUGUGUGGGCUGACUGCAGGUUUCUCUUUAGAUCAGAACUCCUGCUCCCUAAAGUAUAUAAACAGUAAUCAAUAUGGAAACCAUCCAAUUGAGCUUGUGGUGGAGGACUUUCCCAACAAACCCAUUACACUGUCCUACUCUGAUGGAUCCUACACGACAAAGCACCCUCUUUCAGUGUUGAGGCUUAAACGAGCAGCAACCAGAGCCACCCUAACUACAGCUGCACCAACAACAGUCGCUCCAACAGCUGCUUCAACCACAGCCGCUCCAACAACAGUCGCUCCAACAGCCGCUCCAACAACAGCUGCUCCAACAGACGCAACAACAACAGCCGCUCCAACAACAGCCGCUCCAACAGCCGCAACAACAACAGCCGCUCCAACAACAGCCGCUCCAACAGCCGCAACAACAACAGCCGCUCCAACAACAGUCGCUCCAACAGACGCAACAACAACAGCCGCUCCAACAACAGCCGCUCCAACAGACGCAACAACAACAGCCGCUCCAACAACAGUCGCUCCAACAGACGCUCCAACAACAGUCGCUCCAACAACAGCCGCUCCAACAACAGUCGCUCCAACAACAGUCGCUCCAACAGACGCUCCAACAACAGUCGCUCCAACAACAGCCGCUCCAACAACAGUCGCUCCAACAACAGUCGCUCCAACAGACGCUCCAACAACAGCCGCUCCAACAACAGUCGCUCCAACAGACGAUCCAACAACAGCCGCUCCAACAACAGCCGCUCCAACAGCCGCUCCAACAACAGCCGCUCCAACAACAGUCGCUCCAACAGACGCUCCAACAACAGCCGCUCCAACAGCUGUUCCAACCACAGCCGCUCCAACAACAGUCGCUCCAACAGACGCUCCAACAACAGCCGCUCCAACAACAGUCGCCCAACAGACGGCUCCAACAACAGCCGCUCCAACAACAGUCGCUCCAACAGACGCUCCAACAACAGCCGCUCCAACAACAGUCGCUCCAACAGACGCUCCAACAACAGCCGCUCCAACAACAGUCGCUCCAACAGCCGCUCCAACAACAGUCGCUCCAACAACAGUCUCUACCACUACAGCCACUCCAACAACAGUCUCUACCACUACAGUCGCUCCAACCACAGCUGCUCCAACAACCACACAGCCUUACCGAACAACAAUUGCUCCUUUGAGCAAGCUUCCUCUGCAGUUCACGGUUUAUGUGGACUAUCACAAUGCCCCUUCAUGCCUCGAUGGGGAUUACUUUCCCGUUUUCUCGUCACCAACUCCGCGUAAUGGAGUGAAUCUUCCUGCGUAUGUCAACCGCACCCUCGAAAUCAAAGUCAAAUCUGAAGCACAAUACACCACGAUUUAUGACUUGAUUGUCACUGGACCAAAGGGCAUUUCAAAGCAGAAAAUCUCCACAGAAGAAUUUAUCAUAAAUUGGACUCCAACUGAAAAUGAAUUGAAUGAUCAUUUUCCUAUUUGCUUCAUUUCGGAAGCAAGAGACAUGUAUUACCAAGUCUUUCAAUCAGAGCCACGCUGUGUGAUCGUGGAUGUUGGAUCCGAUGAAACCACUGUGACAUGCAAUGAAACAACGAUAACUGUGGAAGUGGAGAAGUCCUACCUCAUCAGACACAACGAGGGCAAAUUGCAUCUGAACGACUUCAGCGAAGCUUCCUGCGACCUGACAACACGCUCCAACACUACCCACCUGGUGGCUGUCAUGACGCUGAACACAUGUGGAACCACCGUAGAGGAGGAUGAAAACAACAUCAUCUUCAAAAACAUGAUCACAUCCGGUGACCCAACUGAAAUCAUUUCCAGAAAAAAUGACGUUGAGAUCGUCUUUUCCUGCGCCUAUCCAAAGCGAACCAACCUGACACUGGGAUUCACGCACAAGAACCCGUACGUCUUCACAGAGAAGGGCUUCGGGGCUUUCACCUUCCAGUUUGAAUUCUUCCAGAGCCAGCGGUUCAGAAAACAAAUUGAACAGCACACUUACCCAGUGGAGGUGUACCUCAAACAGAUGAUCUUCAUGCAGAUCGAGGCGACCACUUCCAUCCCCAACACAGAGCUGUUUGUGGAGUCCUGCAAGGCGACUCCAUAUGACAACCCAAACUCUCGCAUCAGCUACACCAUCAUCGAAAAUGGGUGUGUAAGAGACAACACGGUGGAAAUCUACAACAGCUCCAAAUCUCAAUUCAGAUUUGGAAUGGAGGCUUUUGAGUUCAUUGGUGCUCAUGAACAGGUGUACAUCACUUGCUCGGUCAUCCUGUGUGAGACUGGCGUUCGCGGGAGCAGGUGUUCUCAAGGAUGCAUCAACUCCAACUCAGGGAACCUUCGGGUCAAAAGAGAAGCUGUGGCCCAGUCUUCCCGCCACACCAUUUCCCAGGGACCUUUGCACCUGGCUAAAACUUCUGACAGCCAAGCAUCUGGCCCGAGCCUGAAUAUGGGCCUGAACAUCAUCUUCAUUGUUGGCUGCCUCCUGGCAUGUGGAGUGGUGAUCUACAGAUCGAGGAGGUCCAAAGCUAAAUACCAACCGCGCCAACCUUUGAGACAGACUGAAGACAGAGACGCCAUUUAG